AUGGAUUUCUGGUCGCGCUUGUUAAGCCCCCUCUCCUCCGGGAGCUCUCGUCAGGACCAGGCAAAGGACCCUGCCAAGCGUCUUCAUCGCUUCGAGAAGGAAUAUGCCGGCUUGUUGUCCAUCUGGCGCAAAUCUACGAACCUGUCCCAAGACAUCGACGCCGCCGAAACCGUCGAGAUCAGGCUUCAAGAGCUGACCAACAUCCUCAGCGACGAGAGCCGACGCCCGCUGCCGCAUCCAUGUAUCCAGUAUGCCUCGAUCAAGCAGAUAUACGUGCCCAUCGGCAAGAUUGCUACCUCGUCCUACAAUGAGUGGAUCAUAAAGGAGGCUGUCCUCUUCUUUGCAACGCUCAUCGAGAGCGAGGAGGAGGCUUUUGUUGAAAAUCACACCUUUUCCGCCAGUCUGACAAAUCUGCUGGUGCGCAUUACAGGAGUCAACAGCGCUCGUCUCGGGCUGGAUACCGAGUCACGCGUCGUGGAGCUGGCUUUCAACAUCACCACCAAGAUCCGCCUGGACCCCGAGAUCCUUCCUGCUUGGUUUAAGACGCAGCAGGAUGUCAACCGUCCGAGUGACAGAGCCGCGAGUGUCCGGGACAAGUUCGCUGGCCGAACUAAGAGGGCUGACUUUCCACUCUUUUACAUCCUGAUGGACUAUAUCCACCACGAGGGCAAGGUCGGCGACUUUGCGCGCACUGGUCUUUUAUACAUCAUCGAGGCUGCGUCGAGCUCCGAGUCCCUGGAGCAAUGGAUUGUCGAGAGCGAUCUGUCCACUCUCAUGGCCACUGGUUUGGGAGCCUUGUACAGUCAGCUAAGUCGGAAACUCGUCAUCGAUCACCUGCCAAACAACCUGCCACCUAUCCUCGCCCUCUCCGACUAUCAACACCCUACAUCCAACUACGAAAUUGUGAGCUCUUGCUCUAGCGAGUUUCAGUCCCACCUCGAGACCUUUUUGUCCCACCUUUUGUUUUGGCAGGACGUCUUGAAUCAUUGCAAAUCAGUCGAAGUCAAGUCGACACUGCUGGAGCACUUUCAGGUUAUUUUCUUACAGCAGCUUCUAUACCCAUCAUUGCUUGAGUCGUCCGAUAUAGACGGAGGCUCGUCUGUGGCAGUUUUGACCUACCUCCGCCGCAUCAUUGAAUCCCUGGAUCACCCCGACAUGAUCAACCUCAUUCUUCACUAUCUUUUAGCCUUGCCCGAAACUGUUCCCUCGCAAGGCCCUCCCUCAGGGACUGCCAUAAGCGCUGCUCGCCAGCGGAAAUCCAUGGAUCUCGCUACCAUGAUGGCGGAAAAGCCCGAUACAACCGCGACUCCUCUCCUUUUCAACCUGGUGGAUCUUAUUCUUGCCUGUCUCCGAUCGCGCAACCAGCAGACCAUUUACGUGACUCUCCAGCUAGUAUCAGCAAUUGUUAAAAGGCACCAUCGAUAUGCAGUCCUCACCCUCCUCCGAACCGACAUGUUCCCUAAAAACAACAUCAAUCGAACUGUGGGUGCUCACGAGCAAGAAAUCGAGUACUUGAUGGCCCUGGCAGAAAGCGUUGGCGGCCGAGACGACUUUAACGAGACGUACGAGAGCAUCUUGAAAGACACCAUGGCUCGGCUGUCACAGCACAAUCACAAGCUGCCUACAAUUCCAGACAGUCUUCCAGGCGCACCCAAAGACGUGCGGGAGCACACUCUUCGCCAUGACGAUCUUUUACUCAACUCUAUCCUUGACUUGAUGGAAAACUUUUUCAUGAAUCCGGUGGAGACGAAUCUGUCAGUCACUGAUACUAUCGUGGACAUGGCGAUAUGUGGCUACAUGAGCAUCGAAGGGUGGCUGGCUCGGAGCCCCGGCAGCUACGUCUAUGUCGAGGACGAGCGGCAGUCAAAGUCUGAUGAAAAGAAGGAAACUAAAUCACAGCAGGAUGGAGAGGGCGAUGAAGAGACGCAAACAGAAACGGGGGCAGAUGCCGAGACUGAGAUUGGUGAUCGAUCGCUGGCUGAUGAGCUCGGAUCGCAAGAUGAUGCUUACUCGGUUGGCGGCUUCUCUACAUUCUCAGACGAUACGGAGGCAGAUCGUCUGGACUCGAUGGAAAAGUGCAGGCGUCGGCCCAAGUGGACUCAGGACUCUCUACCUAGAAUCCUCAUCGUGCUCAAGCGUCUCUGCGACCAAGUCGAGGCAUUCAAGCAGACGGUGCCCCGGUUUGACGAGCUCCUCCAGCAGCGCCGGGAAGCAUUCCAGACUGCGGAUUCAAUUCUGGACAACCCUCCGCCCCCUCCUGUUCUGAGGACCCCACCGCCACGACCUAGCUCCAGCCUUGACGAAGUUAUCCGGUCUGUAUCUCCGUCGCGUCCAACUGGACUCGAGGGUUUCGCCCAGCGGCUACUUUCUGAACUCGGAACGCCCAGCCGCUCUGUCACCCCUAGGGGACGCAAGAAUAGUACUCGAACAUCCGGUGCUUCCACGCCCUUUAACGUGAUUGCUCUUAGCCGGAGUCUAUCCCCUUCAAGUGCUCAGAGCGAAGCCGUCGUUCAACCGGCGGAUUUCGCUGCCGUGGACCAAAGCAUUCUCGCCCGGAUGGUAACCCUGCCAGGCGAUCAUGUCAAGCCGAUACAAUUGGACUUGGAAGGGAAACCAACUCCCGAUGUUCCCGAGUCUUUAUUCUCGGGAGACGAACUGUCCAGCCUGGACGGAUAUGAUAGCAGUGCGGACCGAAGCGAGGUUGCCACUGAGCCAACGGUGGUGACUGAAACGACUGACAACGCCGAGCCAACCAGCCCGACGAAUGAGAACAUGGUGUCGGUAUCGCAUGUUAUUACCAAUGUGCUCAUCUACCAAGGGUUCCUUCUGGAGCUGGCUAGUUUGAUGCAAGUCCGGGCUGGGUUGUUCAACGAGGUGCGGUUUGUUUGA